AAUAAAUGAAUGAUGAUUACAAACAUACACACACAUGAAGAGAGACUAUUUAAAAGAAUGUUUUUGCAACCGUUUCUGGUCAAUCAUUCCAGAACAUUCAUUACAAUUGGACACAAGUUUUAUUUCAAUAAUAAAUUCGACAAAAGAAUUUAAUUCAAUUUAUUCAAAAUUCAUUCGCUAUAAAUUUAAACGAUCCAUGUGUGGUGUGUCACAAAUGUUUGGUUCAAUUAUGACAUUGAAACGAGCAAAUUUGAGCAUAUCGAUAAUGAUCAUCAUCAUGAUGAUUUGUAAUCCCGAUUCCACGCUGGCUAUUAAUGGUGAACAAGAAACAAACAGUGACUCAAUCAAUCAACAACAACGACCUAUCGAUGUGAUCAAAAUAUGGAAUCAACAUAAUUCACAAAUUCUAAAUGUUCUUCAAAUGAUUCUAUCUCAAUCUCAUUGGAAUGAUCAUCAUGGUCAAUGUCAUUCAUCAUUGAAACAGUUGAUUGGCGAUGCUCGAAAACGGAAACAUUAUGCCAUGAAAAUGAUCGAUUCGAAUGGACGAUUAACAAGUGGAUUAUUGGAAGGUAGAUUCACUAAUCUUGGACAAUUCAGUGAAUGUGUGACAACAUCAAGUGAAUCAUUUUCGGGAAAAUAUUGUACCGUUUAUAUAUCGAUUCCCAAUAAUUUAAUAACAGUUUUAUCGAAUAUUUCCGGAUUCGAUCAUAUUAUGUACGAAACGGUUUCGGCCAAAUUAGGUGUUUGUCUACCAUCCACAUGUUCACAGGAAGAAAUCGAAGCCAUUGCCAGACAGUUAUCGAUAAUGUUUGUGCCGGAAUUGGAAAUCAAAGUGUCCAAUUGUGUUGAAAAAAAUGAUGAAACCGAAAAUCCAUUCGGUUUGGGCAUAUUCGUUGCGAUAUGCCUCAUUUUCGUUUUAUUGGCCAUUAUGGGCACAAUAUUCGAUCAUUAUAAUUUGAAAUUCAAGACGAAUGGUGAAUCAUAUGCAAUGAUUACGAAAUUAGAAUCACAGAAUAGUAAUGAAUCAUUGUCCAGAGAACCGACAACGGAUGAGAAAAUUCUGCUGGCAUUUUCAACCAAACAAAAUUGGCAGAAAUUAUUUCAGGUUACCGGUGGUGAAUCGAUCAAUGUGUUUCAUGGACUGAAAUUCCUAGCAAUGUUCUGGAUCAUUGCCCAACAUUCAAUGUCAUUCUCAUCGAUAUGGAUCAAUUUCAGUAAUCCAUUCGACAUUAAAUACAAAGUGUACAAUAUUCUCGAAAUAUUCCUAUUGAAUGGAACAUUUUCCGUCGAUAUUUUUUUCUUCAUCAGCGGUUAUCUAGUCAUGCAUAGUCUUGUCCGGUCAAUGUCAGCCGAUACAUCUCGUUUGAAUCUCAAGACAUUCUACUUGAAUCGUUAUAUCCGCAUGACACCAACCAUGAUGUUUUUGAUUUUUUUUAGUACAACCGUUCUACGAUAUCUUGGUAAUGGACCGGAAUGGUUAGGAUCGACCGUUAUGUUCGAUCAUUGGUGUAGAAAUCGAUGGUUUCUCAAUCUAUUCUAUGUUCAUAAUUUUAUUCAAACGGAAAACAUGUGUUUAAGCCAUUCUUGGUAUUCAGCAGUAGAUAUGCAAUUCUUUCUCAUAUCACCAUUAUUGGCCAUCUUGCUCAUUCGAAAACGAUGGUUAGGAAUGACUUUGAUUUUACUCAUUCUUUUUGGCUCAAUAAUCAUCACCAGUAUAAUGACCUAUGUUAACCAAUAUCCAGCAGUUCCAUAUUUCAAUGAUAAAAUAGAUAUCAACAUAAUGAAUUCGUACUACAAACACGUUUAUAUAAAGCCAUAUUGUCGUAUUGGACCAUAUAUCAUUGGUCUAUUGCUGGCACAUGAAAUGAUGACAACAAGAAGAGAUGUUCGCUUAUCAAAGAAAACAUUGAUUGCUGGUUGGUUAUUCACAGCGACUGCUACAUUCGGUAUUGUCAUGUGUAUGUUACCGGCAAACAAUGGUUUAAUACCGACGAUAUUGGCAGCUGCCAUGUACAGUUCAUUAUCGCGAAAUCUAUUUGCCGUCGGUUUAGCAUGGAUUACAUUCGUAUCGAUCACUGACCAAGGCGGUUUUGUACAGACGUUAUUUUCAUUGAAAUUAUGGAUACCAUUAAGUCGUCUGGCAUACUGCGCAUAUCUACUCAAUCCAAUCAUAAUAGCCAUAUUUUAUGGCAGCCGUAAUCAAACAUUUGAGUACACACCAUAUCUAUUGCUUUAUUUCACGAUAAGCAACAUAAUUGUUACAUAUUUAGCAUCACUAAUGAUUGCCUUAUUCAUCGAAUAUCCAUUGAUAACGAUAAGCAAAAUUCUCUUGAAACGAUGAUUACGACAACUUACGGAAUCCAGAAUU